AUGGCCGGCUUGCCACAGAAGACUUUGAACUGGCUGUAUGAUGUGUUGAAGCGCGAAUAUCGUGAUGCAAAUCGAACAUAUUCCGAUCUCGCCCAUGUGCUUGCCCGCAAUCCUGGGUUUGCACCUCGAACAGAUGUCUACACAUCAGAGAAUGGAGUCUCAGCACUCCUAGUACAUUUCACAGGCACGAUACCGGUCAACUUCAGGGGGAACACAUACCGAUUUCCGAUAUCAUUAUGGAUACCACAUGCAUACCCCUACGAACCACCGAUAUGUUAUGUCACCCCCACGGAAGAUAUGGUGGUCAGACCAGGUCAACAUGUAGGUGGAGAUGGAAGAAUAUAUCAUCCAUAUCUGGCACACUGGAGGGAAGCUUGGGAGCGGUCCAAUACUGUGGACUUCCUUUCGAUUCUAUCCGAAGUCUUUGCGAAAGAACCACCAGUCAUGUCUAGAGGACAGCAGAGAGCACCGCCUCCUGUACCUCCGUUACCGAGAGAAUCCUCAGGACCACCUCCUCCACCAAAACCUACAGUACCAUCAAGUCCUACACAAUCUCAAGGUAGAUACGAUGUCCCACCUGCGCAGCAUCCAGGCAGGUAUGAUGCUCCACCUCCAUUACCUCAGCCACCCCAACCACAAAGUCCACGACCGUACGGAAAUGGUGAUUACAUGCCUCAAAGAACGAGUAGUCUACGACAGUCAAUGCUGCCACAACAACAAUAUCGACCUCCACCGCAGCAAUAUGCCAGUCCACCGCCCAACCAUCCAAGACAGCAGGUGCAGCAACAGCAACCACCACCUCCGAAAGCUGUUGAUCUUCUCGACUCACCGUUCGACGUAUCUCUUCCAGCACAGACGCCGACACCAAGCAAUAUCCCUGCACCUCCGAUACCUGUGAACCCUGAAAAGGAAGCCUUGCUUACACAUCUGUCGCAUCAAAUCACCCAAUCCCUGCAUUCACAAAUCGCUCAAUCUACAUCAGCACUGCCAGCUCUACAAUCUCAAAAUGUUGCUCUGCAAUCGACUCUGCAUAACCUCAGCGCGGAGUUGAACAAUCUCCAAUCACUGCAUUCCACACUGACCUCGAAUCUGUCCCUUUUGUCGACCUCACUUUCCAAAUCGGACAAUGUGAUCUCCUCGGCCAAGAAACGUGCGGCUGAGAAAGAUAUCCCCGCUGUAGAUGACAUGCUUGUUGCCCCGACGGUUGUCGCGCGUCAACUGUACGACACGGCAUGCGAGGAGAGGGGGAUCGAAGCUGCCAUACUCGCUCUACAGGAAGGUUUCGUCAGGGGAAGGGUUGGUGCCGACGUAUGGAGUCGUAAGACUAGGGAACUUGCCAGAGAAGGCUUCAAGAGGAUGUGGAUGGAGAAAAAGGUGGCUAGAGGGAUGGGAUUGGAUUUGAGUAUGUAUGGAUCUUGA